UCAAAGUUGGAUACAAGUGAUGGAUAAGAGUUGGAUGCAAAAGUCAAGGUAAUGUGCUGAGCAAUACUCUCUCCUUCGAAUUUGGAUUCCUUAUAAAGUUGCAUUGUUUUAAGAGUUCCCUUUGUUUCCUUGGACAAUAUAGGGUGAGCUUGAAAUAUGUUAAGGGCAUGAAGGAAUUCAUUGAGUUUGCAUUCAACAAUGCUGCUAGCGAGGGGAAGAUCUUAUGUCCAUGUGAAAUGAUCGAGGAGUUACGGGCAACUCAGACUGCUGAGUCCUCUCAGAGUAGCACUGCCCGAGACGAUCUCUUAUCCCAGAUAUUGGGACCAGAGCAUCCGGGCCGGGUCCGCAUGAUGGGGUUAGGUCCCACAGCUUCCACGUUAUGGGGCACAAGAAAUACCAUUGCAGAACUCAGGAGGAAGACUGAUGAGUUGCGACGACACAUGAAUGAGCGGGUAGAGCAACUAGUGGAGGAGCGGAUGAAAGAACAGAUGGCUAAGCAUCUAGAGCAAAUGGAGCAAUGGAUGACAGAGCGAAUAACGGAGCAGAUGGAGCAACGGAUGACAGAGCGAAUAACAGAGCAGAUGAUGGCAUGAAUGAGAGAUACUAUGAACUCAUUGGCUGCAACAGACCAAACUUCGGGCAAUGUACUAAAUGUAGAGGCUGACUCAGUAUCCACUCCUAGGGAUAGACCUGAGGCUGAGGGACCUCAGUCGAAGGUUCCGAAGAAUUAAUAGGUCAAGUCGUAUUUAUGUGUUUGACAUGCAAAAGAAUCCAAGGGCUGUCUUAAAAUGAGGGUUGCAGAUUGGAAAAAGGUGG